CCUCGUUAAAAAUGUAAAUGCGAAAAAAUUCAAUACUGUGCAGCCAUACGCGACGGUAGCGCGACCCCAGCAUUCAUACAUUUCGUGCCCAGCAAAUCCCCAGAAGAAAUAAAAACGCUGCCGUUAUACGCCAACUGCCAAGUGCUUAGCCAACAUCUCGCUGACUAGCACACAAAUCACAAAUCACAAGCCAACACCGCCAAAAGCCAAAGCAGCACCAAAGCUAAACCCCCAAACGUAAAAAUUGUAUGUGUGUGUGUGCGUGCGUGUGUGUGUUCGUUCGAGUGGACAACAUUUACUAUACGCGAAAUUCGCAGCGACUUGCAGAACCGGCAAAAGUUAAAUACAAUUGACUAUAGUAGAGUGCUCAGCAUUGGACGCGCUGCCCGCGUUGGGCAUUUACUUGGUGACAAGCAGCAGCAACCACAAAGACGGCGACGUCGAAGCUAAGCAGCGGCGCUACCACCGCUCCAUACGCGUUCUACACUUAUCGGCGUCGGCCACGGUGACAGCAACAAACGGCAACGGCAACGACUGCGAGCGUGUGCGCGGGGGCGGCUGCUGCUCGGGCUGUUGGUGGCAGCGCCAGCGGUAGGUGCAACAAUGAUAAGAACCGACUCGCAGACAUAACACAUUGGGGCGGCAGAGAACGGUAUGGUGAAAAUGGAAUCCACUGAAGAACAGGAUAGAAAGCUCGUUUUGGAGUUUUGCCAUUUGCUAGAGAAGUCCAAGCAACUGUUCAAUGGGCUCAGAGAUCUGCCGCAGUAUGGCCAUCGUCAGUGGCAAGCAUACUUUGGACGCACCUUUGAUGUCUACACCAAGCUGUGGAAAUUUCAGCAACAACAUCGCAUGGUGCUGGACUCCAAAUACGGACUGAAGCGCUGGCAAAUUGGCGAGAUAGCGAGCAAAAUUGGACAGCUUUACUAUCACUACUACUUACGCACGAGUGAAACGAACUAUCUGAACGAGGCGUAUCAGUUCUAUGCGGCGAUACGUGGACGCGCGUAUUAUUCACGUGCCGCCAAGGAGGAUCGACCGGAUCUGAUGGUUAAGAAGCUGCGCUAUUAUGCGCGCUUCAUUGUCGUGUGUCUGCUGCUGAAGAAAAUGAAGUUGGUGCGUGAGCUGGUCACUGAGCUGGAGAAGCAAAUACAGGAGUACACAAACACUUACCAUUCCAGCUACGAGCCCGAGGAUCACAUGGAAUGGUCGCUGGUGCUGGAGGAGAUCAAGGGCUUCAUUAAGGCCGAGGCAGCGGUCGCCGUACUGCACGCGGACUCCAAUCCCAUCAUAUUAUCACACAGUGGUUCUGGUUCUAGGUUAUCACCGCUAACAACGCCGCCCUGCGAGCGUUCACCACACAUGACGCUCAGCCUGCAGGAGAUUUUAAUUGUGGGCUCGGCCUGUGAGCAGGCCAAAUUCUCCGAGCUCACAAUGGACAUGUUUAGAAUGCUGCAAACGCUGGAGCGUGAACCAACGGAAGCGGCAACAAAUCCGCUAAGCAUGUCGCAUGGUCUGCACGGACACGAUGCCAGUCCGGCGGCCAGUCGCAUACCACCAUAUGGAGUUCCGGGCUCCAAGGGCUACUUGGAGAACGGACGUCAUUAUCGAGACAAUCCUCAUAAAUAUUUACUAUACAAGCCUUCGAUUAGUCAGCUGCUGGUGUUUCUGGCCAGCGGCUUUAAGGAACUGCCACUAGGUGGCGCAUUGCUGCUCUACAUGUCCGCGGAUGGCUGCUUCUCCACCACCAAACAUCCGGAGGACUAUGGCUAUGAACUUGGCGGCCUGGGAACAAGUGUCAAGCGGGACAACGUGGAUGGCGGUGGUUUGACUUGUCGCGGUAAAUCUUACAAGGAGAAUCACUGCCUUUAUCCUGGCGAUCUGUAUCCGUUUACGCGCAGGCCCAUGUUCGUUAUUAUCGAUUCGGAUAAUUCGUUUGUCUUUCAACACAUACCCCGCUACUUUGGUCAGCCGCUGGUCGUACUCAUGUCCCCGCAGGAUGUGCCGCCAGCUUUUCAAGCUGAUGUGCAGCAUCAUGGCUCGCUAUUUACAUUGUUCCUGCAUUCCCCACUCACGGCGCUCUGCUACAUCUGCAAUGUGGGCGAUGUGCCCAUACAUCACUGGGAGCGCUGUCAGACCUAUGUGGAUCGCUUUAUAACCGAAGCAUCGCGUCUAGUGACGCGCUGUCGCAUCGAUGAGAUCGAACAGGGCAUAGGUUUUAUAGACUCCUCGUAUGUUCAGUUCUUUGGCGAUGACUUUUUGCGCACACUUAUCUUACGCUUCGUCUUCUGUGAUGUUGUGCUGCGUCUGCAUCGUGGAUUUCGCGGACGACAUAUGCGGCCGCGCUGCGAGCCACAGCUGCCGGCAAAUGAGCUUCUGGAGCAUCCUUCGUUGUCUCACAUCAUUUUCCAGCUGGCCUCGGCGCUCGAUGUGCGCGGCCAUUUCUCCGAGGGGCCCGAGUGCGACUGAUGACUUUUGGCCGUAGGUUUAGUUCUAGUCGUAGUUAUCUGUAUGCGACAGCAGCUCUUUCAGCUUUUCUCCAACUGGCAGUUUUCCCUCAUGCAUUUGCUGUACAAUACUUUUCCUCAAAGCUGUGCUUGGAACUGGAACUGGAGCGACAACUAAGGCUAACGACAUAUGUAUUGUAUGUCCAGCUCUUUAGCUGCUGUUGGCGUAUACAAUUUUUUGAUACCAUACGUACAUGACAUACAUACCCGAAAGCGACAAGAAGAUACACGAAAAGUUAAUAUUAAUUUGAGAAUAUACAUAAUUAUAAAUACAUAUACAUAAAUUAUAUGCAUAUAUUACAAUAAUCAAGUAGUUAGUUUUCUUAUAUAGUGCGUCGCGCAAUGGAAUGGUCCAAUGUUAGUUGCUUAGCAUAUACAUAUGUAUGUAAUAAACACACACUUACACACAUAUACACAGACAGCCAUACACAUAGAACACAAGAAUGUGGAGAAAUAAAAUAAGCCUAACAAACGAUAACUGCCAAAAAGUAAGAAAUCAAAUUUAGUUGAAUGCCGCAUAAAAAUAUUAAUAAUAAACUUUUGUAUGAAAAUUAGAGCAGUCACUGAAAACAAAAAAAUCUUUUCGUACGCAGCCAUAAAUGUUUAGCUUUUAUACAACAAUUGCAUAAAAUAUGAAAAUAAAAAUAGCAUACUUUAAUCUAUAAACACG